AUGCGCCCUGACGCAACCGCUUGUAAACGUCGGUUACGUCGGCAUGAGAAGAAGAAACAAAACAGCUUCACAGAGCAGAGUUUCAAGAACACCGGUGAAGAAAACUAUCCCCGUGUCACUCUUCAUUGUUCAUCGCAAACACCACGAUGCGGCGACACGUCCAUUUCGUUGCUUGUAACGGAGGGUGGAGAGAAGGAGCUAGCUAGCUCGCUAGCUGUAUUGAGCCUGCCAGUGUGACAGCUAACGUCAGUAGCCUGAAGCUAACUGGUUACUCCUCUUUGAAAAAGGUGAGUUUGUGCUUUAAGAGGACAGACUGCUCGGUUUGUCACCGGUUUGUGGAAAAAAGAAACAUUCUGGUUUAAACCCUUGUUGUUUCUAUAUAAACCCUAUUAUAAUUCACGAGUAAAGCAACAAUUCGACCUCUUCUUAUGGUGGGGUUUCUUUACUGUGUUUUAUUUAACUUGGCCGAGCGUCGUGUUAGAGAACUUACUGAUCCCUGGUAUGAGUUGGUCUUUUGGCUCUUGUUGGGAGUCUGGCUUGUAAACCAGUCACUUGGCAGACAGUUGUUUGACUAGAAGACAUAGGUGUCUAUCAUAACAGCCAAGCAGGCUUGAGUCCAUAUGAUUCACAGCCUAAGACGACCUCGUGAUUCUUGGGCAGGUGUUUUCAGAGCGGAAGAAGUGUUUACUUAUUUCUGAUAAACCUGAAGUUGUUGGCACAGUGCUGAUAUGACUGCUGGCCAAGUUUUCUUUUUUUCUUUACACUGCACAUUGGCCUGACGUACCUCUCAUCCCUUCUGCAAAUAUUUUGUUUGCAGUUGGCACACCACUAAGAAGGAAGUCAAAGUAGACGUGUAAGUGCGUCAAGCUUUGUUCAGCUCGUUUGAGCAAAAAAGACACUGACCAUCCUACUGGCUUUAAAUCUGUCUAUAUUCAUGUGUAAAGAUGUGUCUUUUUGUGCUUUCUUUGUCAAGUGGAAGUGCCAACAGUGGAAACAAUAUGAAGCAACUAAAUACAUGUAUCUGAUUUGACAUUGUUUGUACAUUUUCAAGAUUUUUCAUUUGUGGAUACUUAGUGUUUAUGGCUUCCAACAAUGCAUAUUUACAUCUAAAAUACUUGGUGAAACCAUGCUAUCUAUUAAAAUGUUCGUAAUGAUAUCAGAAUAAACUUGAUUCUUCAUGACUGGUAUGAUAUAAUGUCAUAAAAGUGUAUAAAAUGCUCCAUCUUGUGUUGCUUUUUACCCUCAAGAUCGUAACAUGACUCACAGGGUAUGUUGUAACUGGUUUCGUUUUUCCCUGUAAUAUAUCAAAGACGAGGAGCUGUUAAAGUCCUGUUUAAAGUGGCUGGACUUUGAUUUCUCUCUGAAUUCCUAUUUUAAAGUCUUGCAUUUUUGUGGUGAACUAUGUCAUUUCCUUCUUGUGUCAUUUUAGCCCGAGCAGUCAUGACUCAGAAAGUCAAUUUGUGCUCAGUCUCCCUUGGAGUGCAGGGUAUGACUUGUGGCUCCUGUGUCCAGUCCAUAGAGCAGCGUAUUGGGUCUCUUCCUGGUGUGAUACACAUAAAGGUAAUGCUGUCUUUGCAAAACUAUAUUCUUCUUUUUCAAAUGAGUCUGUUAAUGUUUUCCACAAAGAGGUGCAAUUCUUGAACUAUGGGGGCUAAAAAUGCUUUGCAUGACACUUCAAGAUUAAAAACAGGAACUGAAACAACAGUUCAAUCUGUACUUUUACUGGAACAAAAGGGAACAGAACCUUGCGCAAAAGCCAGAUAUGUCUUCAUUAUUAUAUCAACCAAAGGUUUCUGUCCAUUUAACAUAACUAAGUUUGAUUUAACCCACAGUUUGACCCCCUGAGGUCUUUUUUUUAACCAAGUUACAGCAAUUAGAGGGAGCUAUAUGGCAACAUUUGUGGUCUGCUGUUUUGUUUAUUGUGUUUUUUACCCCUCAGGCUGAGGUGAAAUGAGAAGAUAACUUAAUAGUGUAUCCCAGAUAAAACCUCACCCUUUCCAGGACCGUGACAGCGGUCGAUAUGCAGCCUAUGCCCACAGGAAAUGUCAUUUGUGUCUGAAGAGGAUUAGUUCCUGGGUCCUUUUAAGUUAAUCUAUACAGACAUGACCAUGACAUGACUGUUUUUCUUGGUAAAACAUUGCCUCACGCCUUGCCCUGUCUGUUUCUGAAUCUUAGAAAAAUGGGAAAAUCCAGCAGGCAAGCAGACAAGCACACACACUCACUGCUAAACCCCCACUGCUGUUUGAACUUAUGGCUCAGUCAAGUGAUCCCUUCAGUAUGUCACAUGUUUCCCUGCUGGGGUCACCAUGCUGAUGGGAACUCUGUGGGCUUACUGAAGCCAUGGACCUGUUUUUAUGUCUUUUCUGUAUUUUAACUCAUUUUUGAGAAAAGACAGACUCAUAGUAUUGCUGUAAUAAUUUAAUAAAACGUUGAUUCAAUUGAAUAUAGUGCAUUGUUCGCUAGUUCAAGAACUAACAAACUCAACAUUCUGAACUAACAAAAUUUACACACAGAUUUAAAUCCUAAGUCAGACAAAUUUAAGUGCCUAACUGUGCCGGUGUCUUAUGGUUUGAGAAUCACUGACUUUCCCUGGAUUUAAUUUUUUAGUUAAACUUUACUUUGUUUUGUAGGUCUCUUUAGAGCAGAAGAAUGCCACCAUCAUAUUUGAUCACAGCCAACAGAGCCCUGAGUCUCUAUCAGACGCCAUCGAAGACAUGGGCUUUGAAUCAAGUCUGUCAGAAUCCAGCACAGCCACACCCAUAUCUACGGACACCCAGUUGAUCCCCACCUCAGGCCUGACGCCAGCAGCCCAGCAGGAAGCUUUGGAGAAGUUGUCCCAAAUUCAAGGAGUUCUGGAUGUCAGGGAGAGCGCAGCACCCUCAGGUCUCACCGUCACCUUUGUUCCAUCCCUGACUCCUCCUCAGCAGCUGAGCGAAGUAGUUGCCAGCCUUACACCUCUGGAGAUCGACACACCCAGCGGCCCACCACAGAACGGCCCAACUUUGUCCCCAUCUCACACAUCAGAAGCUGGCGUGUCACUGCUGAAGUUACGCAUUGAAGGGAUGACCUGUCACUCCUGCACCACCACCAUUGAAGGAAAGAUAGGAAAACUGAAAGGAGUCGAAAAGAUCAAAGGUGAUAAGCUCGACCUGCUCACAGUCAUGUAGUCAUGCUCUGCCUCUAUGAGUGAGCAGUGACAUUUUAACGCAGUUGCCCCAAAUCUUACAGAUAACAUGCUAUUGUUCGGUUCUUUGUAUCUUCUCCAAAGACAGAUUGUUUUGGGGAUUGGACUGUGACUCAUGAAAUCUUUUAUCAUUGUGAGAUGUGUAUCAACAGAUAGGAUUAGGUGUGCUGAGUACGGCAAGGCCAUUCUAUACAAAGUAGUUAGGUGAGCUGCCAGAUGUAGACCAAAUCUCUGCACAGUGUUAAAAAUGGAAUUCAGACCUUCCAAAGCAUUACAGUUUACUACAAAUGACAAAUUGCUGAUUUUAUUGAUCUUGUUCAUCUGUGUUCUUCAAAAAGAAAAAAAAGGUCCUCUGCCUAUUUUAGGAUAUAAUUAGAUUCCUUUUAAAGUCACAUACACUAUGUUUUGUAUUUGUAUUUCUAACUAUUUCAUGUCUUAAUGUCCUGUAGUUGUGUUGGAUACUCAGGAAGCUACAAUCAUGUACCUGCCCUACCUCAUCGCUGUCCAGACCAUCAUUGACCAGAUCGCUGUGGCCGGCUUCAAGGCGUCUGUCAAGUCCAAGCCCCACCCUCUGCAGCUAUCUCCCAGCGAAGUGGAACGUUUUGUUGAUUCUCAAAAACCAACCAUUUCUUCUCCGCUAGACACAUCGGAGGAGACGGAAAUCUUCAUUGACACAACGCUUACAACGCUCAGGGUGAAAGGCAUGCACUGCCGAUCGUGCGUGGUCAAUAUCCAGGACAAUAUCUCUAUGCUGCCUGGUGUCUCCUCUGUGGAGGUCUCUUUGGAGAAGGAGAAGGCCACCAUUUCCUACGAUCCUCUUAAAGUUACAGUGAAUCAGUUACAGCAGGCAAUUGAGGCUCUCCCUCCAGGGAACUUUAAGACUCAACCCUGGGACUCCUCUUGUCCUCUCAGUCCUGUACCCUCUUUGUCUAUACCUGCCUUAUCAUCACUGCAGCCUACAGGGUUAAGCAAGGCCCCACCUUCUGCCUUACAGACUUCUUUUAUUCAGCCUUUGGCAUCCACGGCUGAAAUUCACAUUGAGGGCAUGACAUGUAACUCCUGUGUCCAGACCAUUGAAGGCGUGAUCUCAAAAAAGAAGGGCGUGAUCUCGGCCCAGGUCUCUCUGGCUAAUCAUCAAGGGGUCUUUGAGUAUGAUCCCCUCCUUACCACGCCAGAGGAGUUGAGAGAGGCUGUAGAGGACAUGGGAUUUGAUGCCUUCUUACCUGGUGAGUAGAAUGAUUUUGUGGUUUCCAAGUCAACAGUGUGCUUAUGUACUGAACUGGGUGAAGCAGUCUUAUGUUAGUGUUUUGAUUAGAGACUUGUGUACAUAUAUCAGAGCUCCAGACUACUUUGUCAGCAUUCAAAACAAAGCUAUAGUAGUUUUCUUGGCAGAAUAAUUACCAAUGUGUCCUUCCUUCAUCAUAAGCUUUGUAAAUACUGAACUGAAAAUGUAACAUCAACUUAAAAACAAUCAUCUGUCGCCCACAGAGACCAAUUCUCUGCUGCCAGCAUCAGAUUUCAGUCUCCUGAAGCCUUUGAGUCCAGCACCUGUAAAAGAGCUGGAUGGUGACAUACAUAGAGAAACCCCAAAGGAACGCAACACAGACACAAACUCAAAAUGUUUCAUCCAGAUUGGAGGAAUGACGUGCGCUUCCUGUGUGGCAAACAUCGAGCGAAACCUCAAGAAUGAAUCUGGUAAAUCGAUUUAAAAAAAAAAAAAAAAGUUUAAUCUUGAAGUUUUAGGUCAGUGUUGAUGAAUCUCAGAGCUGAAGACAUGUGAAUUCUAAUGCAGGUAUCCAUUCGGUUCUGGUGGCACUGAUGGCGAGUAAAGCAGAGGUGCGUUAUAACCCUGAACUGAUCGACCCAGGCAGGAUCGCUGAUUGUGUGAAGGAACUCGGCUUCACUGCGUCUGUUAUGGAAAACUAUGAAGGCUCAGAUGGAAACCUUGAACUAGUGGUGAGUACACAGUAACAUUAUCUUUGUAUUGUGUUGAAGAAAACACUAUACUGUCAUUUAUUUCCACAAGAUAAAAACUCAAACCAAACACUGUCAUUGUUAUGUGAGACUAACACAUUCUACCCGGUUACCUACAUCUGAAACAAACGUCUGUUCCUCAGCUCGUCCUCUCUAAGCUUUCAAUCUCUUCCUCUUCUUUGAUCCCCCCUUUUCACUCUCUUACAGGUCAGAGGAAUGACAUGUGCCUCCUGUGUUCACAAAAUUGAAUCCAGCCUCAUGAAAGAAAAGGGGAUUAUUUAUGCCUCUGUUGCCUUAGCGACCAAUAAGGCACACAUUAAGUAUGACUCUGAAAUUAUAGGUCCACGAGACAUCAUUAAGCUGAUCGAGGUAUUGUUCCUGCUGCUCCUCUAUCAAAUUAUUUGCUGAUAUUUUUCAUAAUCAUGUUCUUUACUGCAUGUUUACAUCAGCUUAUCUGUACAUGAAUCAUCAUCAAAUCAUUGAUUGUUGCAGAAUCUGGGCUUUGAAGCCACUUUGGUGAAGAGAGACCGCACGGCCAGUCACCUGGACCACAGCAAGGAGAUUCGACAGUAAGCCCAUUUUUGUUUUUGCCUAUCUUUAUGUAAAAAAUUUUAUAUGCAUCACUCAAGAGUUUAUCAAUCUCUGUCCUUAUGUACAAAACCCAAUUCCAUUGAAGUUGGGAAAUUGUUAUAAAUGUGAAUAAAAACAAAAUACAAUGAUUUGCAAAUCCUUUUCAACCUAUAUUCAAUUGAAUACACUACAAAGACAAAAUAUUUAAUGUUCAAACUCAUAAACUUAAAUUUUUUUGCACAUAAUCAUUAACUCAGAAUUUCAUGGCUGCAACACGUACCAAAGUAGUUGGGACAGGGGCAUGUUUACCUCUGUGUUAUAUCACCUUUCCUUUUAACAACACUCAAUAAACGUUUGGGAACUGAGGAGAUUAAUUGUUGAAGCUUUGAAGGUGGAAUUCUUUCCCAUUCUUGCUUGAUGUACAACUUCAGUUUUUCAACAGUCCGGGGUCUCCGUCGUCGUAUUUUACGCUUCAUAAUGCGCCACACAUUUUCAAUGGGAGACAGGUCGAGUACCCGCACCCUUUUACUAUGAAGCCACGCUGUUGUAACACAUGCAGAAUGUGGCUUGGUAUUGUCUUGCCGAAAUAAGCAGAGGCGUCCAUGAAAAGAUGUUGCUUGGAUAGCAGCAUACGUUACUCUAAAACCUGUAUGUAUCUUUCAGCAUUAAUGUUGCCUUCACAGAUGUGUAAGUUGACCAUGCCUUUGGCACCAAUGCACCCCCAUACCAUCACAGAUGCUGGCUUUGGAACUUUGCGUCUGAGUUAAUUGUUAUUUGCAAAAAAAAUAACGUUUAUGAGUUUGAACAUUAGAUAUCUUGUCUUUGUAGUGUAUUCAAUUGAAUAUAGGUUGAAAAUGAUUUGCAAAACAUUGUGUUUUGUUUUUAUUUACGUUUAUCACAAUUUCCCAACUUCAAUAAAAUUGGGUUUUGUAUGUUAAAAUAUUGUCUUCAUUUGCUCGGAUCCCUCUCUUACAAAAAGAGGAUAAUAGAGGUAAAUAGUCAACUGUGCGUCUAAAGCUAAAACUUAGAGGGAAGCCCCCUACUUUAAAACUGCUCAGUAUCUGAUUCUUAGAUUACAACACCAAGUUUUUUGGACAGUUUUGACCAUCAGGGCCAGGUAAAACGUAAAUCAAAACCCUUUUUAGGCUGAAAUAAUGAUGUAUGCAAAUAUUGUGGUAGUAGUGUGGGAGGUUUGUAUUUGUUGGUCAGUGGUGCCGUAUACCAGAUAAAAUGAUGAUGAAUUUUCAUAUUCCUCCUUUAUUAUGUGAUUUGAAACCAGGAAAUCAAAUUACAUCAAUAUCUAACAGAAUUCUGUCCUUGCUCUCUAAGGUGGAGGAAAUCUUUCCUGGUGAGCUUGAUAUUCUGCGUUCCUGUCAUGGGCAUGAUGACCUACAUGAUUAUUAUGGACCAUAAUAUGCAUUCCUCACAUCAACACAACAUGACGGCAGAGGACCGUAACCGCUACCACUCCACCAUGUUUCUGGAAAGACAGCUGCUCCCAGGCCUCUCCAUCAUGAACCUCCUCUCCUUCCUCUUCUGUGUGCCUGUACAGGUGAACCAGAAUAGUGAAUUAGGCAGAACACAGACACUUAAAUAUUAAACAACAUGUGUUUUUUACAUGAGCGACGUGUGAUGUGGUGAAUUGAAGCUUUGUUUUCCCUCUUUAGUUCAUUGGCGGUCGCUACUUCUACAUUCAAGCCUACAAAGCAGUCAAACACAAAUCCGCCAACAUGGAUGUGUUGAUAGUUUUGGCAACCACCAUAGCCUUCACCUAUUCACUGGUCGUCCUAAUAGUGGCCAUGGCGGAGAAGGCGAAAGUCAAUCCUAUCACCUUCUUUGACACACCACCAAUGCUCUUUGUCUUCAUCUCUCUGGGACGCUGGCUGGAACAGAUAGCCAAGGUUUGGAUGAAUUUUUAUGGAUAAUCUAGAAAAAUUCUCAUUAAUUUAUGAAAUGCUGAAAAGCGGGACUUUUAUUUAAUUCAUCAUUCAAAUAAAAAGGUAUGUUUUGUCCUUUCUUCUUUUAUUCCACAAAGAGCAAAACAUCUGAGGCUCUGUCCAAGCUGAUGUCUCUGCAAGCAACUGAGGCUACAGUGGUUACUCUCAGCAGUGAUAUGUCCAUACUCAGGUACUUACUGUUUGCAGUGCUUGUUUUGUAUAUUUACUUGUUCAGGAUAGUCCAGGGUUAAAAUGCCAUAAAAGGUUUUCAUAUAUCCUACCAAGAUUCUGGGAAAUUAAGAUUAGAAUCAAGUUCCCAGCAAUUUGAAAACCCUCCCAGCCAUCCUGAAAAUAACAUGAUAACAUAAGUCCACCAUGUGGCACUGCCCGAGUAAAAUACCUGCUUAAGUUUGUGUUAGCCACCUGCAUCUCUGUUUUUAAAUAUCAAACUGAGAAAUUUGCCGUAAUGCAACUUAAUUUUAUUUGUACAACAACUUGCUGUGAAAGUGAAUAAUAAAUAGGAACAGAAAAUGAACACAAGGGAGAAAAAAGAGGAAAUUUUUAAUAAAAGCAAUGACUUCUUAAUAAGGUAAAAAUGAGUAAAAACUUCAGUUAGACAAGAAAAAGGUUUGAUAUAAUGUCUUACAAAAACAAAUGUAAAAGCUCUAAGAUAAGGCUGUAAAGUAACACAAUGAUGAAAGUUGUUUGAAGAGAAAAGAUUUUAAUGAAAUAAUGAAAUUACCACUAAAAAGUAAGAACUUAGUAAGAUGUAGAGCAUAAAAACAGAGGGCUCUGUUGUUGGUGAUGAACAUUUUAAAGAGAAGCAUGUGAGGACACAAGUGAUCUGGGACAUGAAAUAAAAGAUCUGUGAUAUUGGAGAAAAAUGUCAUGUAAAGAUAAAUCAAAACUUGAAAGCACUCUUAAAUUAAAAACAGGAGUUGUGUAAUCUAUUUUCUUUUUCCAAGUCAAGAUUCCAGCUGUUCUGAACAAGCUGUAGUUUUGUUGUGUUCAUAGACCUUUAAUAUAACUCGGCUGUGAAAAUUAUCAUAGUGCUGUAUUAAAAAACAUGAUUACAUCAAAGUGAAGCAUUGCACCAAAACUGUCAAAUAUACAACAUGUGCAGAGUUGACUUCCUUUGUGUUCCAGCGAGGAGCAGGUGGAUGUUGAGCUGGUGCAGCGGGGUGAUGUAGUGAAAGUCGUCCCUGGAGGGAAGUUUCCGAUAGAUGGGAGAGUCAUCGAAGGACACUCCAUGGCAGAUGAGUCUCUCAUCACAGGUAAGUUAGAGUGAGUAAGGAACACAAAGGAUCUGUCAGUCUGGAUGAAGGGCUUGGACUUGAGCUUGUUGUAAACACAGAAUGUAAAUACUCUUAGGGUUGGCCAAUUCAACAGAUUGGACCUACACACAGUCCUGUUCUUAUUUGUUCUUGAAAUGUUUAUCUUAAAGCUAUUUAAACUUUUACUCAGGCAAGGAAUCUAAACAAAACAAAACAAACAAAAGCCAUGACCAAGCUGUAGGUACAUGUCAAUGAAUACUCAAAUAAACUCUUGUUAAAGGAUAACAAACUUGACUUGGACUAAUGUAGUCUCUGUUUUUAUUGUAGAAAUAUUUAAUGUCUUCUAAUGACAUGGUUCAACAUGAUAGUUAUUAUCUGUAAUUAGUCGCUGGUUCAAUAUUUAAUUAGACAUUAUAAAUAACGGUGUAAACAUGUAGUCUUCUGUUGUUAUUUGAGUUGUACUUUCCCCCACUACUUUUUUUUCGUUUUUGGUAACAUAUGACCUGCUCCCAUGUCCUGAUUCCCUCCCUAGACUCUCUGGUGUUUUCUCACCAGCUGUUGCUUUGUGCCUGCAGGUGAGGCCAUGCCGGUGACUAAGAAGCCUGGGAGCUCUGUAAUUGCAGGCUCCAUUAACCAGAACGGCUCCCUGCUGGUCAGCGCUACACAUGUCGGCAUGGACACCACGCUGUCUCAGAUUGUUAAACUAGUGGAGGAGGCUCAGACCUCAAAGGUGAAUCAUGUGGUUUUAGAUUUGCACCAUGUUAACCCACUUUCAUGGUAAUUUUUUCUCAGGUGAUUAAACUCGUGACACUUUUUUUAGGCUCCCAUCCAGCAGUAUGCAGACAAAAUCAGUGGGUACUUUGUUCCUUUUAUUGUCUGCAUAUCCGUCCUGACCUUGAUCGCCUGGAUCUUCAUCGGAUUUUUGGACUUCUCCUUGGUGGAAGAGUACUUUCCUGUAAGUCGUCUUUGCAGUCUUGUUAAAAAAAAACAUGCUCACCUUCUUUAUAUCAACAGGAUAUUACAUCUAUUUCUCCAAAUUCCUGUUUUACAUGAUGUCACUACAACUGGGAUCAUCUUUGUUGUAGGUCAUUUUAUUUCAAAGUGUUCAUUAUGUAUAAAUUGAAGACAGUGCACCCCUUUUUCCCCUUAUGAAGGGUUACGACAAGAGCAUUUCCCGGGCCGAGGCAGUGAUCCGCUUUGCUUUCCAAGCCUCCAUCACUGUGUUAUGCAUUGCUUGUCCUUGUUCCCUUGGCUUGGCAACCCCAACAGCUGUCAUGGUGGGCACAGGAGUUGGAGCCCAAAAUGGCAUCCUGAUAAAGGGAGGAGAGCCACUCGAGAUGGCACAUAAGGUGUGUUAAUGAUGACAUUCUGACACUCCUGUGGAGUCAGCCAACUAUGUAACAGACCACCUGUCAACACAUUUCGAUACAGUCCUGGUUUCUGAUGCUACAAACCCUAUUGACCCACAUAACUCCCUGAUUUUACUCAUUACAACUAAUAUCUUCUGUCCGAGCAGGUCCAGUCCGUUGUGUUUGAUAAGACUGGGACUAUCACUUAUGGUGCCCCCAAUGUUAUCCAAGUCAAGAUAGUCGUGGAGGGGAACAAGAUGCCUCGCUCUCGACUGCUGGCUAUCGUGGGGACAGCUGAGAACAACAGUGAACAUCCUUUAGGAGCUGCGAUCACCAAAUACUGCAAACAGGUCAGAAGCUUUUCCAAGACAGUGGUUCCCAGACUUCUUUAUUCCCCCCACCAAACAAGAUGGUGACAGAAAUGACUGUGUUUAACUAAACACACCCACAAAGUCAUGGAUGAUUGUGAUUUUGUUAAUAAAUAAAGUCAUCUCCAUCCCUCAAACCACUUCUUUUAAAAGGACAUUUAGAUCACUGCAUCACAUCACAGGUGAUUUUUUUCACUAACAAACAAGUUAGUUUAAUUUUAGCAAAGCACUUUGUGACACAUCACUGGAUUGUUUCACAGCACUAUAAUUUUUCAGAAAUACAUUUAAGUUAAAAAACAAAUAAACAAAAAAAAAACUGCAUCGCUUUGCCACAAAAGAAAACUAUCAGUUUUAAAUGCGCAAAACACUUUUAUCUCUUGAUGGCUGCAUUACUCUAAACUUUUUUUGCUGUUUUUGUUAUGCUUCAGAAAAUGUCAAACAAAGUUGAGAGAACAUCUGAAAUAACAGUGGUAGAAAAAACAACCCCUGUUAAAUCUUUAACAGAUUAUUUUCGUCACUUUUAUCAGUCAAUGUACAAUUUAAAAAUAAAAGAAAACUGGAACAGCAUAUGGAGUCUCUUUUCUAAAAAGAGCAAUCAGAUUAUCAUCAAGUACUUUCUUUUCAGAUUGCUAAAUCGAUGUUUUCAUAUUUCCUUUCAAAUCUAAUCAUAAUUUACAAUCACUUUGUCAGAAACUGCAUGAGGUUUCUGGAUCGUGGCAAUUCUGUCUGCGACUAGUGCUCUGGGUUUCCUGCUGGCAAUAUUCACCAAGGUUUCUGUGAACAAACUUGAGUGAUAUAUUGACAUGACUGAGAUUUAAUGUUUUUGAAUCUUGUUUAUUUUGGGUCUCAUACUGUCGUCUGUCGAUGUUCUCUCUGUACCACUUUUCCCCGACUCUGUUUGCUACAGACAGCAUGUAAGGCAUGUCAGCUUGAGUUGGUUUUGGGAGCCACUGAUCUUGUUCAUCAUUUCAUCUAGACUUGGAAAAUGUAACUUUAAACAUCCGUUACUCUGUAGGAGCUGGGCACAGAGGCUGUUGGUGUGUGCACAGAUUUCCAGGCAGUGCCAGGCUGUGGCAUCCGAUGUCAGGUCAGCAACACUGAGACGUUGUUGAAACAGGCGGACAGCGACAGCGAGGAUAACAACCAGCGCAACAGUGUCCUCGUCCAGAUCAGUGACACCAGAAUGUCAGCCACCUCACAUCCUCUCAUCAUGGACCCUCAGCCUCUAAGUAUGCACUUAUACACUGUUGCAGCAGUUCAACUCAACAUUCCCAUAAACUUCUUUAGUUCUAAAUUUAAGCAGUAAUUUUUCUGACGUUUCCUUGAUCUUGUCUGACCUAAGUCAUCUGUUUCUGUAGGUCUCAUCAAGACGAGCACUUACGUCGUUCUAAUUGGCAACAGAGAGUGGAUGAGGAGAAACUGUCUGCAGGUCCGACCAGACAUAGAUGAAGCAAUGAUGGAGCAUGAACGCAGAGGACGCACUGCUGUUUUAGUAGCUGUAGACAGUGAGUACUGCUUAAUGUGAAGUUUGGCCUGUAUCUUGUUUCAUCAUUUACAACAUAAUGUGUCACUUCAGGAAGUGGUCUCUGUUAAUGAAGGAAAAACUGUAAAUAUUGCUUUAAAGAAGCAGAAGUUUCUAUCUGCUGAAAAAGAAAGCUCGAACUGUCCUGUCAGAGACGCAGUUGGCAUCUUUUUCCAUGAGUAAACGGUCUACUUUUGUUUUGUAAUGAGGCUCUUUGGUAAAGAGAUACAUUUCUCAUGAACACUAAAAAUAAAAUAAAAAGAAAUACCUUCAUGAUAAAAAAGUUUAAAGCUUUAAAGGAGAAUUUGGCUUGGAGUAUAUUCACAGUGGUGUGUCUUUAUGGCCUAAAACCACUAACAAAUCCAGAAGCAACAAAUCUGACAAAUCCUAUUGUUAUUUAAAUGCCUGUAACUGCUGUGAAGAACAGACAAUCACAGCAUAAUGAAGAAAUUACCUUUAUGAACCUUUUCCACUGUGAACAUUCAAAGUGAGCUUUACAUUAGACUGUUGAAGGGGGGGCAGGAUGAGGUUUACACAUGCACAGGGCAACAUCAACGCAGAGAUUAAAGGCCAACUUUGUCAGCAAGAGAUACCAAAAUUGGUAUCAACAGAAAGUUCCUUACAAGAGCUUUAAAUAGAGAUACUACUAUUACUUAAACUUUGUUGAGUUCAGAAAUGUUUUAAUGAAGUUGUAUUUUUUUGUGUGUAGAUGUGCUGUGUGCCAUGAUAGCCAUAGCUGACACAGUGAAACCUGAGGCUGAACUGGCUGUUCACACUCUGACCAGCAUGGGGCUGGAAGUUGUGCUGAUGACAGGAGACAACAGCAAGACUGCAAGAGCCAUUGCUGCUCAGGUAUCACCUAGGUGUUGAUUUUGAGAUGAGUGUCGCCACACAGUUUCAGCAUUUGCUUGUGUUUUUGACUUGGUUUUAAGAUUUUAUCAAUGAAAUGAUGUUCUGAGAAAUCUUUGCUUUCUUACAAAUCAAAAAGGGGGAACCAGCGAUUCAGAUAUUAAGAUGACCAAAUCCCCCCUUAAUACUUCAUCACGUAUUUCUGAAAGUUAUUUCCCAAAAUUUAAAAUAAAAAUAAAAACAUUCUAUUUUUUUUUUUAAAACAUGUGAAGUCCACCAUUUAAGUGCUUUAUGUGUUUCUGAGCUUGUUAACGUCUCUCCUCUAGGUGGGUAUCAGGAAGGUGUUUGCUGAGGUGCUGCCGUCACACAAGGUGGCCAAAGUGGAGCAGCUGCAGCACGAAGGAAAGAGAGUCGCCAUGGUGGGUGACGGUGUUAACGACUCACCCGCUCUGGCCAUGGCUGACGUGGGCAUCGCCAUAGGAACUGGGACAGAUGUAGCCAUUGAGGCAGCAGACGUGGUGCUGAUCAGGGUGAGAAUCUGAGCUCCUGAUUCAUUGUAACAGUGCAGACUGCCUGUUGCAUAACAUGAUAAUUAAACAUGUCACUGAAGCAUUAAUGUAGUGAGGAGCACAGGAAGACACACAGCCCAGUAUCAAAAAACAUCCUGCUUACAGUACACCAAUGCUGUAAGCAGGUCAGAAAGUAUGUAGAAAUUACAGGUCAAGACAACAGUACGGGAGAGUGGGAUAAGAUGAGCUGUUUUUCAUAUUUGGGAUCACUACAUCAAGGCAAUCAUAGUUUGUCUCUAACUAGUGUAUCUGAUAAUAUAGCAUGCCAAAAAAAAAGUGGUCUCCUAUGGUCUACUUCCCUCUAGUAUGGGGUAAGUUGACCAUCAAACUCUUUAACUUUCUCAGUUGAGCCACUGGCUCAACUUACCCCAGAACUGUAAUUAUGACUUUAUUAGUCCUCUAAACUAAAAUGGUGGACUUUUAUGUUAGGUUUUUGACCUCAUGUUGCAGCUCAUAGAUACAACAAUUGAUGUAUAAAACAAAUUUAAAAUGAACUUUUUUGAUCUGAACACAAUUCUAACAAAACUUAUGACAGAGUUAAUUCACUUUCAAGAGUGAACAAUGUUUUUUUGUAAAUAAAUGUCUAACCCCUUCACCCAUGUGUUUCUAACCUUCACAGACUCCAUGAAUUGAUGACCAUCUCCUAAAUAUUUGGUCACAUGAUCAAUUUCUUUUACCAUUUCCAAGUAAAAGGGGGUGGUGGUUCAACUUACCCUUUGGCUCAUCUUACCCCACUCUCCCCUAUAUGAUUAAAGACAAUACGGGGAAAAACAUGAACCUUCACUGCAUUUUGAAGUAUUUUUAAUGACAUGACACAUCACCCCUUAGACUUUGUUUCUGUCCUGAUAAUCAACAAACGAAAUGAUUGCGUGUUACUGCCUCCUCUGAAAUCAGUUCCUGAAUUCUUUGGUCCCAAGGCGAGUUCACCACCUCCUCCUGUCCUCCUCUGUUAUCAUGGAGCAUUUUGGAGUCUUUCAUGUGCCAGGUCAAGCUGUUUAAAAAAAGAGCCAUGUGCCCAGGUGUGCAUGAUUUGCUUAUCUGUGAGCUCUGUCUGAGUGAAUACAGAUGUAUCAUUUUUGUGCACUGAUAACAAAUCUGUACGUAUGAAUAUGCAAACUGUGCACACGGAUUGGUGCAUGGCUCUUUUUUUUAAGGUCUUGGGGCUCUGUUGUGCAUAUCUCAGCUGACAUGACAUUCAUAACAUAGCUAAUCUUCUACUGUGUAUUUUAACCUCUAACACCAGUGUUCACUCAGUGAGAUUUUUUUGAGUUGAUAUACAAGUGCAUAGUUUUGCUCCUGCUGUCAGACUUAGUAUUGCUCUAGUAUUGCUCUCUCAACAUGUACCUUCCUUUAAUAAGUAUUUAAUGGGUUACUGACUUCAAAUCAAUCAUGUGAAUCAGUUUAAGACUAGGUAGGAUUUAUCAGUCAGCUUAGACAGGAGCAGCUUGGGGCGCUUAAGAACAAGUAUUACAUUCUUGAACUUCUUUUAUUUUUUUCUCUUUAUAUUAAACUGAUUAAAAACUGUCGCUCCAGAAGGGCCAUCAAACACAUGCAGAUUUUUUUCACCUUUUUACAAAUGGGAUAUUUCCCGAAAUGUGCUUUUGUUAAAUCACCAGAGUUAAUGAGCGAUAUUAUCCCUACCUCAAUGAAAACCUUUUCUUGUUGCCUUGUUUGCAGAAUGAUCUUCUGGACGUGGUGGGAAGCAUUCACCUCUCAAAAAAGACGGUUAAGAGGAUCAGGAUCAACUUUGUUUUUGCUCUCAUUUACAACCUGGUUGGCAUUCCUAUAGCUGCCGGUAGGUACUCACAAAGAUGAGCUGGAUGGUUCAAGGAAUUGAUAAAUGACAUUGCUAAGUGUUGCUAGUUUGUAUUAUGUUUGUCUUCAUAACAGCAAUGAUAUAAGUUGUGUCCAUCCACAGGUGUGUUUCUCCCCGUUGGUCUGGUGCUGCAGCCGUGGAUGGGCUCUGCUGCAAUGGCGCUGUCAUCUGUCUCUGUGGUUUUGUCUUCUCUCCUACUCAAAUGGUAAUGAAAUGUGUAACGCUUUGUUGUGCCCUUUUUAUCUGUGAGCUUUGUUGUUUUUUUCUCCCGUUUGAUCAUGUUAAUAUAUUUGAUUUUUCUUUUCUCCUGGGUCUUUGUUCAGUUACACGAAGCCCACCGCUGAGCAGUUGGAGGCCAAAGUGGGUAGCAGCAGGCGGCAAGGCAGCCUAUCAGAUGUCAGCGUUCACAUUGGCAUGGGCGAUGUGCGUCGUCCGUCCCCCAAACUGAGCCUGCUGGACCGCAUUGUGAACUACAGCCGUGCCUCCAUGAACUCCCUGCGCUCUGACAAACACUCCCUCAACAGCUUGGUGCUCAGCGAUCCUGACAAACACUCCCUGCUGGUGGGGGAGGAGCUGUGUGAAGAGGAGGAGGAGGAGGAGGCCUGCUGA